CAUAUGGAGCAUCAACUGUUUACUCAUUUCUUUCCAGCAUCAUCAGAAGAAGUUUCAAGUCUGGCACCUUUGGUGGAUCCUUUGUCCACAUACUUGUAUGACAUUUUACGCCCAAAACUGAUUCACGAAGCAAAUAUCGAUCUUCUUUCUGAGCUCAUUCAUAUCCUUAAAGUUGAAGUCUUGGGGGAGCAGUCAGCUAGACAGAGUGAACCCCUUGCUGGACUGCGGCCUACAUUACAAAGAAUUUUGGCCGAUGUCAAUGAGAGGUUGACUUUCCGUGCCAGAACAUAUAUUCGAGAUGAGAUCGCAAAUUAUAUUCCCUCUGACGAAGAUCUGGAUUAUCCUGCAAAGCUGGAGGGAUCUUCUCUUAAUACAACAUCUGAAACUGAUCUAGGGGAUGAUGAAAACGCUGAUGUAUUUAAGACUUGGUAUCCACCUUUGGAAAAGACGCUCUCUUGUCUAUCUAAAUUAUAUCGAUGCUUGGAGCCUGCAGUCUUCACUGGAUUAGCACAGGAAGCUGUAGAAGUUUGCUCUCUGUCAAUUCAAAAAGCCAGCAAGCUUAUCAUUAAGCGAUCAACUACAACGGAUGGCCAGCUUUUCCUUAUCAAGCAUCUUCUUAUCUUGAGAGAACAGAUUGCACCUUUUGACAUUGAAUUUUCAGUCACCCACAAAGAGCUUGAUUUCUCCCAUUUACUGGAACACUUGAGAAGGAUACUUAGAGGUCAAGCGUCACUUUUUGACUGGUCUAGGUCAACCUCCCUAGCAAGGAAUCUGUCACCUCGAGUUUUGGAAAGUCAAAUAGAUGCAAAGAAGGAACUGGAAAAAUGUCUUAAGACAACUUGUGAGGAGUUCAUCAUGUCAGUCACUAAGCUAGUUGUGGAUCCUAUGCUUUCAUUUGUGACCAAGGUCACAGCAAUAAAAGUUGCUCUUUCCACCGGAACUCAGAAUCAAAAAGUUGAUUCUGUCAUGGCUAAGCCGUUGAAGGAACAAGCUUUCGCUACACCGGAUAAGGUGGCUGAACUUGUUCAAAAGGUAUAUGCUGCAAUACAGCAAGAGUUGCUUCCGAUUUUAGCAAAAAUGAAACUCUAUUUGCAAAACCCAUCAACAAGGACCAUACUUUUCAAGCCAAUCAAGUCAAUAUAGUGGAAGCACAUACCCAAGUGGAGUCCUUGCUCAAAGCUGAGUACACAGCAGACGAACAAGCCAGUAUCAGUAUGAUCUCCAUUCAGGAUUUGCAAACCCAACUCGAUAAUUUCCUUUAAAGUCAU